UCAUGAAUAUGAGUUCAAAGAGUUACCAAUAGAAAAAUCUCCAAAAUACAACUCGUACAAUGUAGCAAACUAUUCCCAUGCCCGAAGAUCAUUUGAAAAUGCCAGAUUCAUGCCACAGCCGCGCUAUAUGGACUCUGCUACUCUUUACUAGUUAUCCAAAUGUUUCUAAGCCAGAGAGACUGAAGAAAGCAAACUUCAAACCUGCAGUGUCUGUCUGCAAAACUGACACGACUACUCCAGACAACAGUUGCGACCUCCCUAACAAGAUGGUCGACCCAGACAACCAAUGCCCACUCCACAACAAACCACACUCCCUUCGCAAGUGUCGUGGUUUCAGAGCCAAGACUCUAGAUGAGAGAAAAGCAAUCCUCAAAGAAAUGAACAUUUGUUACAAAUGCUGUUCCUCUGCCAGCCACAGAGCAAAGGACUGUAACACAAACAUUGUAUGUUUGUGUUACAGUAUGUAAAAACAACCAGCAUGUCACAACUCUGCAUCCCAGACCAGUACCGUGCAAAACAACAGGUCCAGACACAGCAGCCAGCUCGGAGAUCUGCGGCAAGGGGAACAGUUCACGUUCCUGCUCAAAAAUCUGUCUGGUAAAAAUUUAUCCUGUUGGACAGGUGUUAAAGAAUUCGGUCUUAGCUAAGAAAAGGCAGUCAAGGCCUAUGCCAUUUUAGAUGAGCAACGUAAUAGAUCUUUAGCUAAGACCUAAGGUUUUACAAAAAUGACUAUUAUAACUUUGAAAAUUACACCAAAAUAUCCCAAAAUAUUAAGCACUAACAUUUGUACAUCUGUUACAGGUAGCAAUCAAGCACAUUCCACGGGAGAAAGUGUCCUAUAAAAAAGUGGUUCAGGAUGGCGUGGAAUAUAACCUGAUCAAUGAGGUGGCUAUGAUAGUCAAAGUGUCCCAGGGGAACUGCCCUGCCAUGAUCUCUUUGCUGGAUUGCUACGAGCUUCCAGAGGAGGUCAUCCUGGUGAUGGAAUGGCCCGUUCCCUCAAUGGACCUGUAUGACUACAAAGAGUUCAACGGAGGAGUGCUGGAGGAAGCUGAAGCAAAAGUCAUUCUGAGGCAGAUGGUGGAAGCCUCCAGCCAGAUGCACAACAGCGGUGUGUUCCACCGCGACCUUAAACUAAAGAACAUCCUAGUGGAGACGGACCACAGCUACCCUAAAGUCCGGGUCAUUGACUUUGGCUGUGGAUGUCUGGUCAAAGAAGGCCCCUAUAAUUACUAUUCAGGGACAAUCGGUAAAGCUCCUCCUGAGUGGCAUUCCUCUAAAGGAUACAGCGCUGAGCCCACCACAGUGUUUCAUCUGGGCGCGCUCCUCUACAGCCUCCUCCAUCAAAACUCCUUUAAUACACUCUCCUACCUGUGGAGGAAUAAGGGCUUCAGCUGGCGCCUGUCAGAGAAAUGUCGGCAUUUCCUUAAAUCCUGCCUGGCCGAAGACCCUGAUGACAGGCCCUCGUUUGAGCAACUUCUGCGUCACCCUUGGCUCUUGUAA